GCUCUUCAGCUGUCAACUUCCUGCUCCUCAGUCACUGACUUCAGACUGCAGUUUGUCUCCUCUUUCCUAGCCGCCAAAUGUCUGACAGAAGAUUUUCUCAGGAUGAUGAUGCCGCCUCACUCUUGUCCAAGCUCGGUUCUGACUCUCCUCGGCCUAGGAUGAAAUAUGGCGGCAUGUUCUGCAGUGUGGAAGGAGCUUUUGAGAACAAAACACUGAACUUUGAGUCGUUCAGCCCACAGACGCUGCGCCGCAGAUCUGAUCGCACAGGAGACGCACCAAGAGGAAGCCAAGCGACUGUGGUGGUCCUUUCUGGACACAUUCGGGACAAAAUUGAGGGCAACCAUCUGAUCAUAAAAGGAGGAAAGAUAGUCAAUGAUGACCAGUCGUUUUACGCUGAUGUUUACAUCGAGGACGGAACCAUCAAACAGAUCGGGCAGAACUUGAUUGUUCCUGCGGCUGUGAAGACGGUUGAUGCUUCCGGUCAGCUGGUCAUCCCGGGAGGAAUCGAUGGCAACACCAACUUGUACGCCACCCAGAAAGGCCUCAAUCCUUCUGAUGACUUCUACCAGGGAACGAGAGCGGCACUGGCCGGAGGAACCACCAUGAUCAUUGACCAUGUGCUGCCGGAGCCAGGCAGUAGUCUGUUGUCAGCGUUUGAGACAUGGAGGGACGCUGCUGACCAGGAGGCAUGCUGUGACUUCUCCUUCCAUGUGGAUGUCACGCGCUGGCAUGAUGGACUCUAUGAGGAGCUGGAGAUUCUGGUCAAGGACAGAGGUGUUAACUCCUUCCUGUUUUUCAUGAGCUACAAGGACAGAUACCAGAGCUCGGACUCAGAGCUUUAUGAGGCUUUUGGUGUCAUCAGGGACUUGGGCGCUGUCGCCCAGGUACACGCAGAGAAUGGGGACAUUAUUGAGAAGGAACAAAAGCGGAUCCUGAGUCUUGGCAUCACUGGACCUGAAGGACAUGUCCUCUCUCAACCCGAAGAGUUGGAGGCCGAGGCCGUCAACCGAGCUGUGACUCUUGCAAAACAAACCAACUGCCCGCUUUAUGUUACAAAGGUGAUGAGCAAAUCUGCUGCCGAUGUGAUUGCCAAGGCCCGGAAAAAAGGGAUUGUGGUGUAUGGGGAGCCAAUCACAGCCAGCCUGGCAGUGGAUGGCUCUCACUACUGGUCCAAAGACUGGGCUACAGCUGCCGCCCUCGUUAUGAGCCCGCCUCUCAACCCUGAUCCUUCAACUCCGCAGUACCUUGGCUCUCUCUUGGCAUGUGGGGACCUGCAGGUGACCGCUAGUGCUCAAGCUAGCUUCUCCACUGCUCAGAAGGCCGUGGGUAAAGAUGAUUUUACCCUUAUACCAGAAGGAACCAAUGGAAUUGAGGAGAGGAUGUCGGUGGUUUGGGACAGAAUAGUGUGCACUGGAAAGAUUGAUGAGAAUGAAUUUGUCGCUGUGACCAGUACCAAUGCUGCAAAACUCUUCAACAUUUACCCCCGCAAAGGGCGAAUCGCUGUUGGGUCUGACGCUGACAUCGUCGUUUGGAACCCAAAAAACACUAAAACUGUUUCUGCAAAAACACACAACUUGACAGUGGAGCUGAACGUCCUUGAGGGUUUGGAGUUUCAAGGUGAUGCCUCAGUGGUGAUCUGUAAUGGUCGAGUUGUUCUAGAAGAUGGAAAGCUCAAUGUGACACAAGGGUCGGGGCGCUUCAUUCCAAGGAAAGCGUUUCCUGAUACUGCAUACCGGAGGAUCAGAGCUCGCAGCGAGAUGCUCAACAAUCAAGGUGUUCCUCGUGGGGUCUAUGAUGGUCCAAGCCUUGACGUAAUGACUUUGAACAAAUUACUGAUGCCCCCACUGACCACCAAAGGGCCCCCUCGCUCUAAAAUACAGAUUUGCCCCAGAAACCUCCAUCAAUCAGGAUUUACUUUAUCUGGAGGUCAGAUUGAUGAUCAUAUUCCUCGGCGGUCUGUUCAGAGGAUUGUAGCGCCACCUGGUGGACGAUCCAACAUCACAUAUCUGUCUUAAAAAAAGACCUUUGCUUGAAGUGUUCAACUUCAAACGUUAUGGCUUACAAUUUGAAAGCAUGCACUUAGUGAACAUGGAGUUACGAACCAUCUACUAACCCUUCCUUUUUCUACAAAUCCUCUCCUGGGAUCUAAUUCUCCCAUACGCUUCAGUAGAAAAAUCUGCAUCCCGAUCGACUUCUCCCAUCGACUUAUGUUAUUUUCUUCUUACGCACUUCUGAGGCUGAAAUAAGUCAUGCGCCCCUAGAAAAUGGAAAAAUCAUAAUGCAAUUAAAGUUUGGAUGCCGUGUACACCACAUUAAAAACAUAUACAAAAGAAUCUUCCAGAAAACUAUCACAUUUAUUCUGAUCUCUUCCAGACACCUAGAACAUAUA